AUGUACGAAAUGGAGGAGAACGUUGAUGAGAAGAGGCUAUUAAUGCAAUUGAAAAUAUCAGAGAUCAAAUUGAAGAGAGUCACGGAGCUUAACAACACUUUGAAACAAAAUAUAGCUCGCGAACGUAUUACAAGCUCCAACUCAUGUCUGAUGAUAAUCAAUACCAUUCGGGCCACUUCUGAUCCGCUUCUCCCAGCUGGAGAGGAAAAUAAUGGGAUACGAACCAAUAGCAUGAUAAAUCCUUACAAGGAGGCUAUGAUUAUGAGGAGAAAUGAUAACAAAACUGAUUGUUGUAUAAUUGCAUGA